AAAAAACUGCUUAGACAAUCUAAUGGAUGAAGAUGAGAAAGACAGGGCAAAGAGGGCUUCGCGUAACAAGUCUGAGAAGAAGAGGCGCGAUCAGUUCAAUGUUCUCAUCAAAGAACUCAGCUCCAUGCUUCCAGGCAACACCCGCAAAAUGGACAAAACUACUGUGCUGGAAAAAGUCAUUGGCUUUCUGCAGAAACACAAUGAAGUCUCAGCACAGACGGAGAUUUCUGAAAUUCAGCAGGACUGGAAGCCUUCAUUUCUCAGCAACGAAGAAUUCACGCAGCUGAUGUUAGAGGCAUUAGAUGGAUUCAUUAUAGCAGUAACCACAGGUGGAAGCAUCAUUUAUGUGUCUGACAGCAUCACACCUCUUCUAGGGCAUUUACCGUGUGAUGUCUUGGAUCAGAAUUUGUUAAAUUUCCUCCCAGAACAAGAACAUUCAGAAAUUUAUAAGAUGUUAUCUUCUUGUAUGCUUAUGACGGAUUCUGCCUCAUCGGACUACCUAAAAACUGACAAUGAACUAGAGUUUUAUUGUCAUCUUCUGAGAGGAAGUUUGAACCCAAAGGAAUUUCCAACAUAUGAAUACAUAAAAUUUGUAGGAAAUUUUCGGUCUUACAGCAAUGUGCCUAACUCCACUUGCAAUGGCUUUGAUGAGUCUGUCCCAAGGGCUUACAGAACAUCCCCGGGAAAGCAAAUCUGCUUCGUUGCAACUGUUCGUUUGGCAACGCCUCAGUUUUUAAAGGAGAUGUGCAUCGUGGAAGAACCUCUAGAGGAAUUCACAUCAAGACACAGUCUGGAGUGGAAAUUUUUAUUCCUGGAUCACAGAGCACCGCCGAUUAUAGGAUACUUGCCUUUUGAAGUGUUGGGUACUUCUGGCUAUGACUAUUACCAUAUAGAUGACCUCGAGCUGCUAGCAAGGUGCCAUGAACACUUGAUGCAGUUUGGCAAGGGGAAGUCAUGCUGCUAUCGGUUUCUGACCAAAGGACAGCAAUGGAUCUGGCUCCAAACCCAUUACUACAUCACCUACCAUCAGUGGAACUCCAAGCCAGAGUUCAUUGUGUGCACACACAUGGUGGUAAGUUAUGCAGAUGUUCGGGUGGAGAGGAGACAGGAGAUGGGCUUGGUAGAAGUGUCCUCAGAGGUUGUGUCCUCAGCACUAAAGGACAGUGGCACCAGCUUGGAUCCUGAACAGCACUUUAAUGCACUUGAUAUUGGUGCCUCAAUCCUCAGUGCUAGUCGGACACCCUCAGUAUCAUCCAGGAGCUCACCAAAAUCUUCUCACACACCCAAGUCAGACCCAGCAUCUACACCAACAAAGCUGCUUGCAGAGUCUAACACUCCCUUGCCAAGAACACCGAGUGCGCAGCAAGAUUUAUCCGUGCAUAGACUCAGUCAACCUACUGCUCUUCAGGUUUCUUUGCCUUCUCAGCCUCCAUGUGAGCUUCUCCCACAGCAAUUGCUGCCUCAAGCAACUCUUCAAAGUCAGCCUGCACCUCUGGCACAGUUUUCAGCACAGUUCAGUAUGUUCCAGACCAUAAAGGACCAGCUAGAGCAGCGGACCCGGAUCCUGCAGGCCAACAUCCGGUGGCAGCAGGAGGAGCUCCAGAAGAUACAGGAGCAGCUCUGCCUGGUCCAGGACUCCAGCAUACAGAUGUUCCUACAGCAGCCGACGGUGUCCCUGAACUUUAGCAAUACUCAGCAGCCGGAGCCACAACAGCUACAGCAGAGAUCAGGGGCCAUUUCUCAGCAGCAGCUUGUCCCCAGUCCUCAACUUCAAGGGCAAAUUGCGUCUUCGCAAACAGCAAACCAGCAAGCACUGAGAGAAGCAAGCGUGAUAUCGAGCCAGACUGUUGCUCAGCCAGCCUAUUCAGCCUAUGAUGCCUGGGUCCUGCAAUGCACGACACCCUUCAGACCUCAGCAUGGCGGGAUCCCAGCCUAAGUAUUCUCAAACCCAACAAAUGUUUCAAAGUUUGGAAGUGCAGACUUCCAGCAGCAGCUCUCCAAUCGUACUGAUGGGACAAGCAGUGUUAAACCAAGGGUUCACCACUACACCU